UACUGUUAUUACAGGAGGAUACACAUGCUGUGCAUCACACACCUUCCUCUCCAUUGUCUUCACUAAUUGCACUAGUUAUUGAAGAAAAUAAGAAUGCUUUGGUAAGAAGAAAUAUUUAAAAUGUUUAUGUAAUAUUUUUCUAUUCAACUAACUCUUACCAUUUACUUUUGUCUUAUAGAGUGAGACAGAAACUGCGACCCAAUAUUUUUCUACAAGUGAAGGAGAGCAUACACAAUCAAGCAGAAAGAAUCAAGCAGAAGAAUAUCUCAAGGAUACUACAGAACCUACUACUGAGCUAGUUUCCACAGAUGUUUCGAAGACACAGCCUCUUACUCCGCAAACACAGCACCUUCAGACAAGUGAGGGAGAUCAAUCCGAUGAGACACCAUCAGAGCAGAAUCAAGCAGAAGAAAAUCUCAAGGAUACUACAGAACCUACUACUGAGCUAGUUUCCACAGAUGUUUCGAAGAUGCCGCCUAUUACUCAGCAAACAGAGCAUCUUCAGACAAGUGCUAUAGAUUUUUCAGAAACAAACGAGGUUGAAGUAAGCAGGCUUCUAGCUCACUUUCAAAUAGGCGCAGAGGUUGAGAUUUUGUCUACUGAUGACGAAAUAUGGUAUCCAGGAAAGGUUGUUGAUCUUAAACUGUGUGAAGGACUAGAGGAGCUGACAGUUGAGUACACGACACUCUUCACAGACCAACAUAGACUUCAGAAACUUCAGGAUACUAUCACGGCUGACAAAAUACGUCCUGCAACACCAACUAGUGACCAAAAAUCCUUUGAGAUGAUGGAUAAGGUAGAAGCCUUUUACAACAAUGGCUGGAGCAGCGGACAAAUUAGCAUGGUACUUGGUGAUAACACAUACUCGGUGUGUCUCUAUACUUCUAUGGAAACUAUUCUAUUCAAACAUUCAGAUUUGCGAAUUCAUAGAGAAUGGAAAGAUGGAGUCUGGAAGAUGGCAGAUAAGGUGAAGCCUGAUAAGAAAAGGAAAGCUGCUGCCUCAUCACAAAAUUCAGGAAUGGAUAAUGUUUUCCUAAGAAGGAGCGAGAGGGUGCCUAAACGAUCUAGAGACACAAAAACUCCAUUCAAGUCUGACAGAAAUCCGGCUUUAACUGUAAUACCUGAGAUUAUACCUGCAGUUGAUCCGUUUUCAACUCCUGCGGAACAUAAGCUUUCAAGGCUUCAAAAUUGGAUGACAUUAAAGCCCGGCAUGCAUGAAACGUCCCUAUCAAUCAAUGAUAAUAAGAUAAGGAAAUCUUUCUUUCAAAGCAUGGAAAAUGCAAAAAAGGACCUUAAGAAAGAGCACAUUGAUGGAGCCUUUGCAAUGCUAAAUUGCAGAAGAAAUGAGAAUGCUGCUUGGUUCCACAACUACAAGAUUCCAAAGGCGUGCUUCCUACCUAUGGAGUUCUUGCAUUGCUUGCUCUCUGAUGAUUUGGCUUACAAGAAAGAAAAGGUCAAAGGUAAAAAGAUUUUCAACGAUUUAUUUAAAGAUACUGUGAGAGGGAAGGUAUAUCCAGAGAAGACAUGGGGAGAAGAUGUUGAUGUUGUGUAUGGGAUUACUCUUGGAAAAAAAAGCAAUGUCUGGAUUGGGAUGGAAAUUCAUUUGAAGAAGAAAAGAAUCACAGUAUAUGAUUGUUUUCAAAAGGAAAGCAACAGCAUUGAUAUUCCUCAAGUGAAAAAGUUCGCAGGUAUGUAUAAACAAUUUGUAUUUGAUGUAUUCAAUUGUUUCUUGGUUUGAAAUAUUCAACUGAUUCUAUCUUGAUAUUGAUUUUUAAAUAUGACAGUGUUGAUUUCUAAUCUGCUGGUGGAAUCUUCUGGUGAUGAGGUAGAUAAAGUGAAGAUGAUUCCAUUUGAGAUUGAGCAGGCACAAGGUUUACCCAAGACAAAACAUCCUUUCAACUGUGGGAUAUUUCUUGUCAAGAUUCUGGAGUGCCAGUCAUUGAAGAUAGGAGACAUGACAAAGAUUAAUGAUGACAAUGCAUUGGAGCUAAGGAGAACCUUGUCUUGUGAGAUCUUCAACCAAUUUGUGGAUGAGAGCUUUGGGAAAUGAGAAUGAUGCAUGAAAACAUUUUUUGUUUUAGUUAAGACUCGGUUUUAGUUAUGACUGUUUAUUUUGUUAUGUUGUUGGCGUCUGGUUACAUAAGAAAGAUUGGAAGGAUAUCAAGUA